GAGCCGGGCGGUGGGGGAGGGAGGGGCGAUGUGAUGAGCGGCGAGUAGGCCCCGGGGCCUGUCCCGCGGAGGAGCCCGUCAGCUGGAGCCGAGGGAUAAAGUAGUUCCCGGAGGGUGUUGGAACGGGCGGGGAGGGAGGCGGCGCGGGCGGAGGCGCACGCCGGGCGCGGUGCUGCGGCUCAGCUGAUAAUUGAAGGGACCCGAGGAGCCGCCGCCGCCGCCGCCGCCGCCGCUGGGGGGGGGUGGGGGCAGCGAGUGGAAGUUACAGCCGCGCCACCGAGUCCGGACCGGAGACUUUGGGGCCCAACUAGUGAAUGGUAGUGUCUAGAAAGGGUAUGUCCCUUCAAGAGAGAGGUGCCAAUGUCCAACCGGCCUAAUAACAAUCCAGGGGGGUCACUGCGACGUUCACAGAGGAACACUGCCGGGGCCCAACCGCAAGACGACUCGAUAGGAGGAAGGUCACAUUUAGGGCAGGCAAAACAUAAGGGAUAUAGCCCUCCUGAGAGUAGAAAAUCUAAUUCUAAGGCACCCAAAGUGCAGUCUAAUACUACUUCUGAACUGUCAAGGGGACACCUUUCUAAAAGAAGUUGCAGUUCAUCAUCUGCUGUCAUAGUCCCACAACCAGAGGAUCCAGACAGAGCCAAUACUUCAGAAAGGCAGAAAACGGGGCAGGUGCCUAAGAAAGACAAUUCUCGAGGAGUGAAACGCAGUGCUAGUCCAGACUACAACAGGACCAAUUCUCCUAGCUCUGCAAAAAAACCAAAAGCACUUCAGCAUACUGAAUCUCCCUCAGAAACGAAUAAGCCACAUAGUAAGUCAAAGAAGAGGCAUUUAGACCAGGAGCAACAACAGCUGAAAUCUGCACAAUCUCCAUCCACAAGCAAGGCUCACACCAGAAAGAGUGGGGCCGCUGCUGCUUCACGGAGUCAGAAAAGAAAGAGGACAGAGAGUUCUUGUAUAAAGAGUGGUUCUGUGUCAGAGUCAACUGGUGCUGAAGAGAGAUCUGCAAAACCUACCAAGCUGGCUUCAAAAUCGGCCGCCUCAGCCAAAGCUGGGUGUAGCACCAUCACCGAUUCUUCUUCUGCUGCCUCGACUUCCUCCUCGUCUUCUGCUGUAGCCUCGGCCUCCUCUACUGUUCCACCAGGUGCCAGGGUGAAACAAGGAAAAGACCAGAACAAGGCCAGGCGUUCCCGUUCGGCGUCCAGUCCGAGCCCCAGGAGGAGUAGCAGGGAAAAGGAACAGAGUAAAACUGGUGGCUCUUCAAAAUUUGAUUGGGCUGCUCGCUUCAGCCCUAAAGUUAGCCUUCCUAAAACAAAACUGUCUCUUCCAGGGUCUUCUAAGUCAGAGACAUCAAAACCUGGACCUUCUGGAUUACAGGCCAAAUUAGCAAGUUUAAGAAAAUCUACCAAGAAGCGCAGUGAAUCUCCACCUGCUGAGCUCCCCAGUUUGAGGCGGAGCACACGCCAAAAGACCACGGGCUCCUGUGCUAGUGCCAGUCGGCGAGGCUCUGGCCUGGGCAAAAGAGGAGCAGCUGAAGCUCGUCGACAGGAGAAGAUGGCAGACCCUGAAGGCAACCAGGAGACGGUGAAUUCUUCAGCUGCACGGACAGACGAGACGCCCCAAGGAGCGGCAGCUUCUAGUUCUGUUGCAGGGGCUGUGGGCAUGACCACCUCUGGGGAGAGUGAAUCAGAUGAUUCCGAGAUGGGACGAUUGCAAGCUCUCUUAGAGGCCAGGGGUCUCCCUCCUCACCUGUUUGGUCCUCUUGGUCCUCGGAUGUCACAGCUUUUCCACAGAACAAUUGGAAGCGGAGCUAGUUCUAAGGCCCAGCAACUUCUGCAGGGACUUCAAGCAAGUGAUGAAAGUCAGCAACUUCAGGCAGUUAUUGAAAUGUGUCAGUUAUUGGUCAUGGGAAACGAGGAGACACUGGGAGGGUUUCCUGUCAAGAGUGUCGUUCCGGCUUUGAUAACAUUACUGCAAAUGGAGCAUAAUUUUGACAUUAUGAACCAUGCUUGUCGAGCCUUAACAUACAUGAUGGAAGCACUUCCUCGAUCAUCUGCUGUUGUAGUAGAUGCAAUUCCUGUCUUUUUAGAAAAGCUGCAAGUUAUUCAGUGUAUUGAUGUGGCGGAGCAGGCCUUGACGGCCUUGGAAAUGCUGUCACGUAGACACAGUAAAGCCAUUCUACAGGCGGGUGGUUUGGCAGACUGCUUGCUGUAUCUAGAGUUCUUCAGCAUAAAUGCCCAAAGAAACGCGUUAGCAAUUGCAGCCAAUUGCUGCCAGAGUAUCACGCCAGAUGAAUUUCAUUUUGUGGCAGAUUCCCUCCCAUUGCUUACCCAAAGGCUAACCCACCAGGACAAAAAGUCAGUAGAAAGCACUUGCCUUUGUUUUGCACGUCUCGUGGACAACUUCCAACACGAGGAGAAUUUGCUCCAGCAGGUUGCCUCCAAAGAUCUGCUAACAAAUGUUCAACAGCUGUUGGUAGUGACCCCACCAGUUCUAAGCUCUGGGAUGUUUAUAAUGGUGGUCCGCAUGUUCUCCCUGAUGUGCUCCAACUGCCCAACUUUGGCUGUUCAGCUUAUGAAGCAAAGUUUUACAGACAUUGCGGAAACCCUUCACUUUCUCCUGUGUGGUGCCUCCAAUGGAAGUUGUCAGGAGCAGAUUGAUCUCGUUCCACGAAGUCCUCAAGAGCUAUAUGAACUGACAUCUCUGAUUUGUGAACUUAUGCCAUGUUUACCAAAAGAAGGCAUUUUUGCAGUUGAUACCAUGCUGAAGAAGGGAAACGCACAGAACACAGACGGUGCGAUAUGGCAGUGGCGUGAUGACCGGGGCCUUUGGCAUCCCUAUAACCGGAUUGACAGCCGGAUCAUUGAGGUAGCAGCCCAUCAGGUCGGUGAGGAUGAGAUAAGCUUGUCCACUCUGGGACGAGUUUAUACUAUUGAUUUUAAUUCUAUGCAGCAAAUCAAUGAGGACACGGGAACAGCACGUGCCAUUCAGAGAAAACCUAACCCCUUAGCCAAUACUAACACUAGUGGAUAUUCAGAGUUAAAGAAGGAUGAUGCUCGAGCACAGCUCAUGAAAGAGGAUCCGGAACUGGCUAAGUCUUUUAUUAAGACAUUAUUUGGUGUUCUUUAUGAAGUGUAUAGUUCCUCAGCAGGACCUGCGGUCAGACAUAAGUGCCUUAGAGCAAUUCUUAGGAUAAUUUAUUUCGCGGAUGCCGAACUUCUAAAGGAUGUCCUGAAAAAUCAUGCUGUUUCAAGUCACAUUGCUUCCAUGCUAUCGAGCCAAGACCUGAAGAUUGUCGUUGGAGCUCUUCAGAUGGCAGAGAUAUUAAUGCAGAAGUUACCUGAUAUUUUUAGUGUUUACUUCAGAAGGGAAGGUGUAAUGCAUCAAGUGAAACACUUAGCAGAAUCGGAAUCAUUGUUGACAAGUCCACCAAAGGCGUGUACGAAUGGGUCGGGAUCCUUGGGGUCCACGACGUCGGUCAGCAGUGGAACAGCCACGGCUGCCACUAACGCCACAGCUGACCUGGGGUCCCCCAGCUUGCAGCACAGCAGAGACGAUUCUUUAGAUCUGAGCCCUCAAGGUCGAUUAAGUGAUGUUCUAAAAAGAAAACGACUGCCAAAACGAGGAUCGAGAAGGCCAAAGUAUUCACCUCCAAGAGAUGAUGAUAAAGUAGACAAUCAAGCUAAAAGCCCCACCACGACUCAGUCACCGAAAUCUUCUUUCCUGGCAAGCUUGAAUCCAAAAACGUGGGGUCGGCUAAGCGCGCAGUCCAACAGCAACAACAUUGAGCCGGCUCGAACUGCAGGGGUUAGUGGUCUUGCCAGGGCCGCCUCAAAGGACACCAUAUCCAAUAAUAGGGAAAAAAUUAAAGGUUGGAUUAAAGAGCAGGCGCAUAAAUUUGUGGAGCGUUAUUUCAGUUCCGAGAACAUGGAUGGAAGCAACCCUGCGCUGAAUGUCCUCCAGAGACUUUGUGCUGCGACUGAACAACUCAACCUCCAGGUGGAUGGUGGAGCUGAGUGCCUUGUAGAAAUCCGUAGCAUAGUCUCAGAGUCAGAUGUUUCAUCGUUUGAAAUCCAGCAUAGUGGAUUUGUGAAGCAGCUGUUGCUUUAUUUGACCUCUAAAAGUGAAAAGGAUGCUGUGAGCAGAGAGAUCAGAUUAAAGAGAUUCCUUCAUGUGUUUUUUUCUUCUCCACUUCCUGGAGAAGAGCCCAUUGGAAGAGUAGAACCAGUGGGCAGUGCCCCUCUGUUGGCGUUAGUUCACAAGAUGAACAACUGCCUCAGUCAGAUGGAACAAUUUCCAGUCAAAGUGCAUGACUUCCCCAGUGGGAACGGGACGGGUGGCAGCUUUUCUCUCAACAGAGGAUCACAGGCUUUAAAAUUUUUCAACACUCAUCAGUUAAAAUGCCAGUUACAAAGACACCCAGACUGUGCCAAUGUGAAGCAGUGGAAGGGCGGACCUGUCAAGAUUGACCCCCUGGCUUUGGUACAAGCUAUCGAGAGAUACCUUGUCGUUAGAGGGUAUGGACGAGUAAGAGAAGAUGAUGAAGACAGUGACGAUGACGGCUCCGACGAGGAAAUUGAUGAGUCUUUGGCUGCUCAGUUCUUAAAUUCAGGAAAUGUAAGACACAGGCUACAGUUUUACAUCGGAGAACAUUUGCUGCCAUAUAACAUGACUGUGUACCAGGCAGUCCGGCAAUUCAGUAUACAGGCUGAAGAUGAGAGGGAAUCCACGGACGAUGAGAGCAAUCCUCUAGGAAGAGCUGGUAUCUGGACGAAAACUCACACAAUCUGGUACAAACCUGUGAGAGAGGAUGAAGAAAGUAAUAAAGACUGUGUUGGUGGUAAAAGAGGAAGAGCCCAAACAGCUCCAACAAAAACGUCCCCUAGAAAUGCAAAAAAGCAUGAUGAGCUAUGGAAUGACGGAGUGUGCCCAUCAGUAUCAAAUCCUCUAGAAGUUUACCUCAUCCCCGCGCCACCUGAAAAUAUCACUUUUGAAGACCCGUCAUUAGACGUGAUUCUUCUUCUAAGAGUGUUACAUGCCAUCAGUCGAUACUGGUACUACUUGUAUGAUAAUGCCAUGUGCAAGGAGAUUAUCCCAACUAGUGAAUUUAUUAACAGUAAGUUGACAGCAAAAGCAAAUAGGCAACUUCAAGAUCCUUUAGUAAUCAUGACAGGAAACAUCCCAACGUGGCUCACUGAACUGGGAAAAACCUGCCCAUUUUUCUUCCCUUUCGAUACCCGGCAAAUGCUUUUUUACGUAACUGCAUUUGAUCGGGAUCGAGCAAUGCAGAGAUUACUUGAUACCAACCCAGAAAUCAACCAGUCUGAUUCUCAAGAUAGCAGAGUUGCACCUAGAUUGGAUAGAAAAAAACGUACUGUGAACCGAGAGGAGCUGUUGAAACAAGCAGAGUCUGUGAUGCAGGAUCUUGGCAGCUCCCGGGCCAUGUUGGAAAUCCAGUAUGAAAAUGAGGUUGGCACAGGGCUUGGGCCUACACUGGAGUUUUAUGCACUUGUAUCUCAGGAACUACAGAGAGCUGACCUGGGUCUCUGGAGAGGUGAAGAAGUAACUCUUAGCAAUCCAAAAGGAAGCCAAGAAGGGACCAAGUAUAUUCAAAACCUCCAAGGCCUGUUUGCACUUCCCUUUGGUCGAACAGCUAAGCCAGCUCAUAUCGCAAAGGUUAAGAUGAAGUUUCGCUUCUUAGGAAAAUUAAUGGCCAAGGCUAUCAUGGAUUUCAGAUUGGUGGACCUUCCCCUGGGCUUACCUUUUUAUAAGUGGAUGCUCCGGCAAGAAACUUCGCUGACGUCACACGAUUUGUUUGACGUUGACCCGGUUGUAGCCAGAUCCGUGUAUCACCUAGAAGACAUUGUCAGACAGAAGAAAAGACUUGAACAAGAUAAAUCCCAGACCAAAGAGAGUCUACAGUAUGCAUUGGAAACCCUGACCAUGAACGGUUGCUCAGUGGAGGAUCUAGGGCUGGACUUCACACUGCCAGGAUUCCCCAACAUCGAACUGAAGAAGGGCGGCAAGGACAUACCCGUUACCAUCCACAACUUAGAGGAGUAUCUCAGACUGGUUAUAUUCUGGGCACUGAAUGAAGGCGUUUCCAGGCAGUUCGAUUCAUUCAGAGAUGGCUUCGAGUCAGUCUUCCCGCUCAGUCACCUGCAGUACUUCUAUCCCGAAGAGCUGGACCAGCUCCUGUGUGGCAGUAAAGCGGACACCUGGGAUGCCAAGACUCUGAUGGAGUGCUGCAGGCCGGACCACGGCUACACGCACGACAGUCGGGCUGUGAAGUUCUUGUUUGAGAUUCUCAGUAGUUUUGAUAAUGAGCAGCAGAGGUUAUUUCUCCAGUUUGUGACAGGUAGCCCGAGAUUGCCUGUUGGAGGCUUCCGGAGUUUGAAUCCACCUCUGACAAUUGUCCGGAAGACAUUCGAAUCCACGGAGAAUCCAGACGACUUCCUGCCCUCUGUAAUGACCUGUGUGAACUAUCUCAAGUUGCCGGACUAUUCGAGCAUCGAGAUCAUGCGGGAGAAGCUGUUGAUGGCGGCAAGGGAAGGGCAGCAGUCGUUCCAUCUGUCCUGACCACAACGAGGAACGCGGUGUCUGCCUGUUACAGCAAAAGAGAAAAAUCAUGAUUUCUUUUCUAAAUGUAUCACCUGAGUCAAGGAAACAUGUUACGCCUUCUUGUUGUAGGAAAAACAGCUCGCAGAUUAUACAAGAGACACUUGGUUCAUAUUCAUUCAUGGCCCCAUGGACUUAAAGUGAUCAGGCCCUAAAACGUUGUUGUGAUGAGGUUUCUUUAGCAAGUUCUUGUUUAAAUUAUCAUUUAUUUGAUGAGUGAAGUUUUUAACUUGCUUUGCUGUGUGAAAAUUUAAAAAAAAAAAAAAGGAUGUUUUUCCAGGCUGAUACAAUAAAUGUCGCUGUGCAGUUUAAUCCUGGGCUGUGUGUAUCCAUCUAGCUAAGUCUGCAGUUUUGUUUCCUCCAAAGACAAGUCAUGUACGUAAGUACAGAAAUUCAGGCUGACGUGUAUUUGACACACACAGUCUGGUGGCUUAGCUCCGUGUGCCUGUCACCCCCCGGAGUUCCCCGCCCCCUCCGUCCGUGUCUGUCUGUGCAGCCGACAGGGUCCUCUGCAGACGGCGCCCACGCCGGGACAUCUGCCCGAGCCGCGGGCUUUCGCUGUUCCGCGCUCUCUCUCAAAUUCAGACGAAAGUGAGAACUCAUGGAGCCUCGACACACGUUGUCGAUCUACAUUGAGCCUUUGUACCUAAGCAGCCUUCUCCUAGAGCUUCGUCUGAAGGCGGUUGGGUAUUGCCGGCCCCGCACCAGCGAGGCCCGCAGCCGCCGCCCCUGGAGCAGAGGCGGGGAGCUCGCGUUCGUUGCUGUUGCGUCUGCCGCUCGGGCCGGCCAGGAUGUGUGCCUCGACGGCCAGAGCGCCUUGAAUCGCUGUAGGGUUUUCAACCACCUGAGCCGUCUUCCUUCCCUGUUGGCGUAAAAAAGGACGUCCCCCUCGUUUUUUGUCCCCCGUGUCCUUGCGUCACCCCGCUCGCUCCCAGGACUCACUCGGGACAGACAGACAGCUCAGCCUUCGUCUCCGCACAGACACAAGCACCUGCGAGCAGUGCUCUGUCCAGUUGUUCUAUGUGCUGAUUUCUCAAAUCUGCAAUAAUUCAUCAGAUUCAUGUUUUUAACCUGAAAAUAAGUAGCGUUUGCCUCACGUUUUUGUUGACAGUUGCGGGCUGUAUGCCUACCUUCAGUUGUCAGCGCGAGCGGGUCGUCACGUCUCUGUGAUGUGCGUGCGUCACGGCCAAGUCCGCUCUUCAGAGACUUUAGAAUAGCAACUGAAGAACGUAAACAUGCAGAAAGAAAACGGGAGGCGAUCCCUUCCUUCCUCCGGUUCAAAACUAAGCUUCUUGCAUAAAUUCGAAUUUCCAUAACUCAUCUUCCUGAAAACGAGAGAUGAGGUCAUUUUUUUUUUAAUUGGACUUUGAGAAAUCAAUUUCCUUUCGCCUGUUCCAAAGUCUGGCUGAAUUGAUGUGCAUACCGUUUGUUCCCUUCCCACUACGUAAAAGAAACUCAGUGGCUUGUCUUAUUUAGGUUAUUACUUUGUCGUUUUCCACUGAAAUGCCUUCUAGGGAGCUUCCCUCUCACCCCCAUGACCCUGGGCAGUGGGACGGAGCUGGUAGAGGAGCGUGUCUCCCCCGUCUGGGCAGAGGCUCUGGCAAGCCAGCCUCCACCUCGAAAUCGGAGAAGGGGUUGUGUUUCUGCAGUUCUGACGUUGCGGUUUAGUUCAGCGAAACUGGUGUUGAAGGAUAAACUGUUCUGAUACCUUUUUUUUUACCAAGUAAGCACAAAAGAUUUUUGCGCGAACACAACAUUUUGUCCUCAUUUUCUAAAGGGUUCUAUUGUUACAAUUCAGGCAUGUGUAAAUGUUUCCUAUCCAAAUACCUGUAUUUAACAUUUUAUCCAUAUCACGGCCCUGGCAGAUUUGGCCUCAUUGAUUUCAGCAUCUAACAAGUAACAUUUGAUGAUUUUGAAUCAAACUCUGGCGCUUGAUUGUCUCAGAGUCAGUAGUUAUCUUGUUUGAACACUUGGUCUUUAGCUUACUCUUAAUUCUUGGGAUCCUUGGUUAAUUAGGGACAGGGAGACUUCCCAUUUUAAAGCAGUCUCUCUCGGCAGAAGCCUUACUAUCGCAUUGUAGGAAGAAAUAUACUCCAUCUGCUCUCACUCCAGUUAUGCCUUAAAUUCAUUUGCUUAGUUAUCCUGUCAACAAGCACUGCUUUCCAAGUAUGUUGCACACACAGACAGUAGGGCAGUAACUGAGCUUCUGUUGUCCUGUAGAUUUUGCUGAGGUGGAGUCAGUCAGAUGGGAGUCCCAGCUAACGCGGACCGUGUGGCAUUGUCCUUUAGACAUGUACUGAUGGGAUCUGCCUUGUAUACGAAAACAUUUUAAACUGGGAAGGAAGAGUUAGUUACAUGCACACCCCUCCUCCCCAUCCCCCCCCCCAAACUGUCGGUUCUAGGUAGUCUCGUAUGGAACAGACAUGGAGAGAAUUCUAGAUGCCUUCGCCAAACCCAGUAGGGACCAUAUCGCAUGGCUGCUCAUCGGAGGUAGACUUUUCUCUUCCUGGGCUUCAGCUCUGGUUCCCUGUGUUUGUGCUGGUGGGACUUUGGUUCACCUUCACAUUCUGUACAAAAGACAGGAUCCUACAGGCUCUCUUUCCUGCAUGCAGCCCUCCUGGUGCAUUUGGCACAUGAGAUGCGAAGGAGAGGGACGGCUGGCUGCUCGCCCCGUCACUUCGUGUUCUGGAGCGACUUCUUUAGGGCCUCCCGUGGGUAAGGCUGAGGGACAAAGCCACUUCUGCGUCCAGGAGAUUAGAUUCAACUCUCGGUUUUCCACAGGAAGGAUUAUCACCCGCGAAUUGUAAGUCUGUCUUCCCCUUUAGUUCAACGGGCGUUGAGGUUGUGCUCCCGCUUCCCGUCAGUGAGCCAACUCAGGAAAUGGGAAUGGGGCUGAGAUUCCACCGCAAAUGUGAUGAAAAGGGAGACUUGCUGGGCAAAGGCAGAGUCGUGCAUUGGGAACCCACAUCCUCGGGGGGAUUCUGGGUGCUCUUGUUGAGUCGUAGCAGUGAUGAAGCCUUUCAUUCAUUGAUCUUCGGCUUUGUUUUUUUGGACCCACUUUAUUUUCCCUACUGUAACGAGCGCAUUGUUUGGAAACGUCAUGCUCUGUAUUUCUAACUCUGAGAAAUGCUUUUGUAUGGGUCUUAGGUUUGACGCUGCAGGAGCUGGCAUAGCCAGUAAAGGAUACCCCAGUGACAGAUCGCCGCAAAUGCGUCCUUUGUUACCUCAAAGGGAAAAAAACCCCACAAAAUCCAGACAACAUAGAGCAUUUGUAUUUAUAGGAAACGGAGGAUUGGCUGUUUUCCAAGAACUUCAAGUUCAUUCUACGCAAGAAAAAGUUCUUAACUCUAAAAGACUUGUUCUGCAUAAAGGAGACAUUCAUUAAUGACGGAAGAGGUGGUUUUAUUUUUACAACAAGCCUACUCUUAUUACCAAACCUAUAACCAAUUGCUGAUCUCCUGUGUAAAGCAUCUUUUUCUCUUAUCUGAAACAGUGAUUUAUAUGAACUGUUGGAAUAAUGGAACCUCAAACUACAGAUGUGUAUGUAAAAUUGCAUAAAUGCACUGACUUCUUUCUCCCUGAAUAUAUUUUUAAUAAACAGCAUUAUCC